GAGGUUUUCAGCUCUUCCAGACAGGAAGGCCCAUUGCUUUUUAUUUCUUUAGGGUUGUGCUCCUUCAGACAAGGUAUAGUAUUCAUUAAGCUAGGCAUCAAGAUAAUGUAACAUCAAGGACAUCAAAAGCAAAGUGUACUGCUUUAUGGGAUUAUCAUAUAACUUUGUCUUUACAUUUUCAAAUCAAGGUAUAAAGCUAGGCUGCUCUGCUCUCUACUUUCUUUAAAAUAAUUCAUUGAGAAGUGCGGAUGUCUUGUUUUUUCCAGGGCAGUUGAGUUAUAGGAUCGAAAGGGUCUCAAGAUCACAUUUGCUUCCAAGUUCCCAGGGCCAGAAUCUUAACAGGGAUUUUGAACAAUUGAUGAAUACGAGGUAUAAUUUGGCCACUUUAUUUUUUAAUUAAGCUCAAAGAAAGAUUCGUUCAACUAUGAGUGAGUUUGGUACUGAAAGAUCAAGGCCAUGGAACAUAUAUACUAGUUCGGAUCCGAGUCCAUCUCAAGCAGUAGCAGCUGAUAAGGGAACUCCUUGGAAAAGCUUUGGAACAUCCAUGAAUGCAGUUUCUUUUGGAUUUGUUGCUACAGCCAUCUUGAUAUCGAUGUUUCUCAUAAUGGCCAUCUUAGAACACCUUUUCCGGCCUAAUUCUGCUUUCUCUUCACCCGAUCACAUUACGAAUGGUGCUUUACGCCCCGGAACGGUUCAGAAACUUGGGAAUCAAGAAAGGGUAUCAGCAUCAUACGCAUCUGAUUUCUCAGUAGUGAUGCCGGGAGAGCGGUAUCCGACCCACAUUGCGCAACAUGCCCCUCUCCCAUGCCCAAGGGAAGGAAUCUAUUGGCCACCACAUGAACAUUGUUUUGUGUCUCCCCAAGUGUAAAAGCAGAACCAAGCAAAGCAUCAUCAAGGAUCUGCUUUGCGAGAGAAAACUAAUACUUUGCAGAGGAUGUAGGAACAGAUCUAUUCUUGAUAAUAAACAUGUCGGAUGAACAAUUUGAAAGAGCAGAAUCCCUCUUAUAAAUUCAGGGUUGGAAUUGAUAGUGGAAUUGCAGAGGGGGAGUUUUCAUAGU